CGGAAGUGGUGCGAUGUAACAACCGCAGCGAUAAUUUUCCCAGCAAUGGACGUCCGAUGGUCCCCCUUUCGUUCCUUCACGCCGCAGCUGAUGGCAGUUUUGGUCGUCGUCUUUGCUGCUCUCGUACCAAGAACGGACACCUUCAAGCAGCAAGGUGGAUGUUUUUUUCCCGAACGAUGGGAGGGCACGUGGUUCCAGUCGGGCGUGCGGCAACCGAUCGUCAUCGAAGGGCCCAGACUGAGCAGCAAGGGCCGUUGUUUGGGCUCGGAGGGCGAUAAGUUCCUCGUCGUUGAUGACAAAAGGGUGUGCUAUCGUUGCGUUGUGAUUCAUGAAAAGCACGCGAAUGUCCUCCAGUACAAAGAAACCUUUUGUCAGGGAAGGGAGGCUCUUCCGACCCUCUGCACCCUCAUCACCGGCGACGCUCUGCUCUACUCUAUGUUCAGGGAGAACGGACCCUCCGUUCCGUGUCCCUUCAGAGGAUCCUUCACGUUCGGCUACAACAGAGGCCACGGGGUGUGCGAAUCCCCUGUGUCCAGCAUAGAUGUCUGCACGGAAGACAGCCGACUCCUCCUCAGCUACCAAGCGUGUCCAGACGUUCACUCUUCAGAAAGCGCAGUGGAGGAGCUGCAAUGUUUGGCGACGUGGAAAGAGGGCAGCUCUCGUUAUCUGGUGGGAAGGGUGCAUCACAACCAUGCGACUUCGAACGAGGAUCGCUUUAGGUGCUUCGUGUACGAGAAGGCCUCGCCUGCAUCAGAGGCUUUGGACGGUGUGGAUUAUAGGGUGGCACAAAGCGGAGACGCCACAUGUAAUGGACUCUUCAGUGCCACCGAUGGCAGCAGGACUAUGACUCUCAAAAAAGCGCCUACGUUGAACAAGUGUCGAUUUCCCGCUUGGAUAGCGAACCACAAUUACUGGCACACCCUGAACUACUCGGCGACAUACAGCUUCCAUCAUCGGAACUCGACGCUGCGUGUGACGAACUCUUCGGGGUUGGAGAUGAAAAUUGUCUGCACCCAAGUUAGGCACACGUCGAGGGACGAAAGUUCGGUCAUGCUUCUGACACAUUUCACAACGGGCUGCCAAAGUGGAUUCGCUUGUAUGGCCUUCCAUCGCCGGGACGCCGACGUCAUGGAAGUACAAACGGGCGCGCACACGAAAAGGCAGGAAGACGCCUGCCAACCCACCUACUUCAACAGGACUCUGCUGCCCUACGUUACCCUAGUUACGAAUAGUCCAGAACCUCGGAAAUGUCCUUACAUGGGUAAAUUCUCGGUGAGCAGGAUGCUGAGGAACGAAAGGCCGGUGCGUUCUUUAAGAGACUUCCGGCAGUACAAGUUCAUCCACAGCAGACAAGGCGAGAGGAGCUCCUCCGCCUUGGAGAUGUUCCAUGGAGGUGGUGUCAAAACGAGGAUCAAGCGCGUGGAGCGCCAGGACUCCUCUGACUGUGAUAAUGCCGGAUUCUCGAAUCUGAUAAUUGGCUGCAACUCAGCGGACACCAUGGAGUUCCGCACCGAUUGCGCCACCACGGACAUCAUCUCGACUUAUUCGUGCCACGGAAGGUGGGAAGAGAACGGCACCAACUACCUGAUAACCACCCCACUGAGCAGAUCCUCGCACGGUGCGAGGACUUACUGCUUCAUCUACAAGGAGUUCCCACCGGACGUAGUGGCCUUCUCGACAUCCAUCGAGAACUGCGACAGGAACGUCUUGCCGGGAAUCACGGGUGAACUCGUCUUCAACGUAACUAGCAUCGGGAAAUGCCUCGAGGCCAGCAACGUGGGAAUCGCGAAGAACUCCACAGGGAUUUUAAUCGCGCUCGCACUCCUGAUCAUCCGGCAACUCUCCACGAGAUGAUUCUGCUCCACCGGCGAAACUCGUACAUAAAGCAUGAAGACUGUAUUCUAUUCAAAACAAAACAAAACAUAAAAAAAAGAGAAAUAUACAAUACGGCCGCCAAGAGGAAAAGUUUGUGGGAAGAUAAAUCCGGCGGCGGUCGGAAUUUUUUUGUAGGGUUGUGCGAAACGUUUCAAUUUGUUCCGUUCCUUUGUUAAGGACGAGUUGUUGGACGCGUAGGUUCUUGGGUUUCUUCACUUAUCCCAUCCACUUUGUACAUUCUAAGCUAAUAACUUUCUAAUUACUACGAGAAGUAUAUUUAUAAAAACUGUGAUUAAUCCCCCCCUUCGGAGUUAAGGAAAACUUUUAAUAAUUCACUUUCUCUUUAGAUUUUUAACAAAAAAAAAAUAUAUAUAUAUACAUAUAUCUAACCCCCUUGUGAGAAAGCUAAGCUCGGAUUCGCGCGCGGUAUCCGCGCCAAAGUUUUAACCCUUCAUUCGUCGUAUCAAGCAAUAAGUUCUGUAGUUUUGCUCAAGGUGUGGUACUUAAGACUCAGGAAGGUCAAGACGCCGCGCGCAAAUUAAUUAGCAAAACCCCUCAACAAAACCGUUUCGUUUUCGCUUAUCCUCCUCAGCAAGUGAAGAAAAACAUGCUUGAUUUUCGUACGUUCUUCAUAAAGUUAUAACAUAUCAGCUGUGUUGGUUCCUUUCGAUGAUUUCGGUAAUCCCCCCUUAGGUUCCAAUAUAUUAAAAAAGAAAACUAAUUAAAAAUCAUAUAUACAUUAAAAAAAAAACAACAACAACAAAACUGUGAUUGCGUCAGUUCUCUCAUUUCGGUGUCGACGAUGUAAUAAAAAUCACCCCGAUGAAAUUGGGGAAAAUGCUUGCAAUAAGUGAAAUGAAUGAUAAUACGUAUUUUUACACACAGCUUUCACGUUUACAUACUCGAACACAUAUUAUAUACAAUAACAAAUGAUACACUCACAAAGAAAGUUAUAUAAGAGAGAUCGAGUUCUCCAUUCGUCAUCGGUUCAAGACAAAAACAGAGAGAAAGAGCGAAAUAAUAAUAUUAAUAAUAAUCAUAUUGAAUAGGAGACAAGAAGGAAUGCAGCAAAAUACGAGUAAAGGAAAAAAAAAGAACGUAAGGUGAUAUUUUUAGUAAUCCAAAGCAAUAUUAAAUAAAGAUUGAAGAGAAAUAAUAAAUUAUGUUGAGAUGAGAAUAUAUUUAUACGCACUCGUUUUCCUCGAAUGUUUUGAGUUUCGACGGCUUUGUUACAUUGCGUUUUUCCGUUCCAGAAGCAAUAAGAGAUCAAGGAAAAACUGACAAAGGAAAUAUUGAAGAUUAAGUAAAAAAAAAUGAUAAUUUUUAGGAUUUUAGAUAGAUUUUUGUAAAUGAAAAAUGUUUGUAAAUACGACGACGAAGACGACGGGAUUUCCGUAAUGCAAAGAUUAUUAUGGAUGGAGAGAUUUGCUAGGCAAAUUAUUAAUUAUUAUGAGAUAUAAUGUGCGAAUUGCAAUCAUUGUCAUUGUAAAUUCUGUAAUUUAUUGACGAUUUAGCGGUGUAGUUCUUAAGAUAACCUCCCCCCCACACACACACGUAGAACGUAAGGGACAUGAAAAAAAAA